GUUUCACAGAAAUGGGAUCGGAUACUCCGUCUAUAUCAGAAUGGUUUCACGGCCGAAAUAUUUUUGUCACCGGCGGCACUGGAUUCAUGGGAAAGGUGCUGAUAUACAAGCUGCUGCUUAGCUGUCAGAGCCUUAGCAAUGUUUUCGUGUUGGUCAGGAAGAAGAAAGAUAUGGAUCCGCAGACUAGGCUGCAACUUAUGAUACAGCAAGAACCAUUCAAAACGCUCAAAGAGAAGCAUCCCGAGAGGUUGAAGAAAUUGAUACUGGUCUCUGGCGAUACCACAGCGAAGGAUCUCGGUUUAUCGGCAGCCGAUAAGGAACGAUUGUUGCAAGAUGUCUCCGUGGUAAUUCACAUGGCGGCAAAUGUGAAAUUCCACCUGACGCUGAAGGAGGCCAUUUUGAUAAACACCCUGGGCACCAUGAACGUUGUCAAUCUCGUUAAACAGAUGUCACGUUUGGAUUCCUUCGUCCACGUUUCGACAUGCUAUUCUCAAUGCACCGAGCCAGUCCUCGAAGAAAGAUAUUACCCAUGUCCGGUGCAACCCGAGGUCCUGAUAGAUACCGUGAGGAACCUUCCGGACGAUCUUCUGCUCGCGAUGACGCCCAAGAUGCUGCGCGGUCAACCUAAUACCUAUGCUUUCAGCAAAGCUCUCAGCGAGGACUUGGUGCAACGAUGCGGUCUACCCGCGGCCAUUACCAGGCCUUCGAUAGUGGGUGCGUCAUGGAAGGAGCCAGCGCCCGGUUGGAUAGAGAACAUGAACGGGCCUACGGGGCUCAUGAUAGGAGCUGGAAAGGGCGUGAUCAGGUCUCUGCUCUGCAAUUACGAUUAUGACUUGCACCUAAUUCCAUGUGAUCUGGCGAUCAACUCGAUAAUCGCUGUUGCGAGGAAGGUGGGCAUGGAGAGGCCUGAGAAACCAUUGUACGUGAACAUGACGGUUGACACUGAAAAUUCUAUCUCGUGGGGUCUCGCUGUGGAUACUGGGAAGAAACACGCCGUCACGUAUCCGUUUACAGGUAAUCUCUGGUACCCAGGAGGAAGCCUCACUACGUUAAAAUUGUACCAUUGGGUGCGUGUAGUCCUCUUCCACUUUCUACCCGCUUAUGUGCUAGACGCCAUUAUCGGUUUAACUGGAAACAAACCGUUUCUGGUGAGGGUGCAACAUAAAAUCAGCGCUGGCAUGGAGUUGCUACGAUACUACACCACGACAAGAUGGGAAUUUCGAAACGAUCGUGUGAGGGAGCUAUGUCUCGAGUUGAAUCCCUCUGACAGAGAAGAAUUCUUCAUGGAUACGAGAAUGUAUUCCUGGGACGAGUAUUUGUGUCGAUACAUGUUGGGUAUCAGGAAGUAUUGUUUGAAAGACGAUCCGUCGACUAUACCCCGUGCACGAAAAGUUAUCAGGUACUUGUACUACGCUGACUGGUUUGUCAAGAUCGCCCUCGUCGUUCUGUUCAUGUGGUUCAUCUACUCCUAUAUAAGACCGCACAGAGAAUUAAAUGCGACAUCGUUCGACGUUAAUGAACUGUAGACAUACUUUAAAGCAACGUUAUGACUUUACCUCGUAGUGAUGAUAUUUUUACGUAUACCUUGCAUCUAAUUUUAAAUCGUACGUUUGUUCCUUUUAUCAAAACAAGUUUUAUUUUUCGUUUCGAACGAUAAAGGGACACCUGGAGAAGGUACAUCCAAUGGAGGUAUUGUCGUGCCACGAUGCAUAGAUUUAUCGUGGCGCGACAAUACUCAAGUGUGAAGUACGAUAAUAAAUAGACUGGGGAUGUUUAUGCAUUUCGUAGUCAAGAUAUAUUAAAUAUCGUAUUAGGUGUGCUAAAAUGUUCUGACCUUUAAUAUACAAAAUACAAUCUUUAUUUAAAAACAAACAAAAAGAUAUCGAUAUACGAAAUAUUUAUAUUAAACAUUAACACACCUUUCCAAUCCCACUAGAACCAGAGCAAAACUUUGUUGACAUGCGUAUUAGGCCUUGGUGUCGAUUUCGAAAGUUGACCAAAGUCGAUCCAUGAUUUCCUACAUUUAGCGUUAUAAAAAAUUCGGUCUUUACUGCCUGUAAUGAUUUUGUGCAGAAAGUCAUUUUUCAGUGACUUAAACAGCACUUUUUUCAAAUGAAAUGCGAAGUAGAUGGAAAUUUGAAUAUUGCCAU